AUGGAUUUGAAUUGGAUGUGGGGAGAUUAUGUUCGAUCUUCGAGAGAGAUUGCUGACAUGUAUCCUGUGGAAUAUCAACGAAUGUUUUCUCGUGUUUCAGGAAGCUCUCAAUACGUGACUUCGUAUCCAUUUGUGGCCAUGUCCACCAAUGUGACAAGUGGCAAUGUCGGACUCUCUUUGGGAAUUCCUUUAACAUCACCAAGAAUUGUUCGAUUUUAUUACAAUUCCAUUUGCAAGUUAUUGUAUGCAAGUGUUAACAUUGGCAUUUCUACCAUCUCUGCCACCCCAAACAAGGCUUGGUUUGAUUUGGUUUUGUACAAACUCGACAAACUCGAAACUACCGUGGGAGGCAUCUCCGCACCAACUCCGUAUCCCUUCGGAAAUGCCCCUUAUGGAUAUUACCAAAGAUAUCCACAACUUUUCACAAGAAGAAUUCCACCCUCUGAAGAAGGUAUUUGGAUUGCCUUCAGUGAUGUCAGUACCAUUCCAAACAUUACUGAUUUUGGUUUUGGAGUUCUUGAACUGGGCGCCGACCAUCAAAUUAAUUUUGCCAAAGCGAAUGGAAUCAAAGGUUUUCGAUAUCUUUCAGAACCUUACGCGCGUCAUGGUUUAAUUUAG